CAGCAGCAGCAGCAGAGCCUCGACGCGCGUGCUGUUUUGCGGAGACGUCCUCAUCCUCCCGACCCGACCGAGCGGCAGCCUCCUCCCGCAUCCCCUCAACAACCGCGUCCGCCAGAGCGUUUUCCGGACAGCGUCAUGUGCAGGUCCCCGUCGUCCCGGGACCAAUUCUAAGCGACGUGCUCAUCGAGUCGCUGCAACUCGCCGCUUUUGAGUCAUUCUGUGAAGGUUAAUAGCGAUGAGGCGCGAUCGGGACAGAGACCGUGAUGAGCAUUUUAAGGACAGGAACCGUGAUAGAGACCGAGACCGUGCCAGAGACAGGGAUGUGAAACCAUCCGGAACACCCAACAUCUUUGCUUCAGGCAUUGGAAGCUUCCUCAAACAACCCUCUGCACAGCAGCAAAUCAACCCCUUCACCAACCUGCCCCACACACCACGCUACUAUGAGAUCCUCAAGAAGCGGCUGCAGCUGCCUGUCUGGGAGUACCGAGAAAGAUUCACUGACAUCCUGAUGAAGAACCAGUCUUUUGUGUUGGUGGGAGAGACAGGCUCUGGGAAAACCACACAGAUCCCUCAGUGGUGCGUGGACAUGGUGCGUUCAACACCGGGCACAAGGAGAGCAGUGGCCUGCACCCAGCCGAGGAGGGUAGCAGCCAUGAGUGUUGCUCAGAGGGUGGCUGAUGAGAUGGAUGUCGUCCUCGGGCAGGAGGUCGGCUACUCCAUCAGGUUUGAGGACUGCAGCUCUGCAAAGACAGUACUGAAGUACAUGACUGAUGGUAUGUUGCUGCGUGAGGCCAUGAAUGAUCCUCUGCUCGAGCGCUACGGCGUCAUCAUCCUGGAUGAGGCCCACGAACGCACAUUAGCUACAGACAUCCUCAUGGGAGUUCUGAAGGAGGUGGUCCGUCAGCGAGCGGAUCUCAAGGUCAUCGUCAUGAGUGCCACGCUUGAUGCUGGUAAGUUCCAAGUGUACUUCGAUAGCUGCCCACUCCUGACCAUCCCUGGACGCACGCACCCUGUGGAAAUAUUCUACACGCCAGAACCAGAGCGGGACUACCUGGAGGCGGCCAUCAGGACUGUGAUGCAAAUCCACAUGUGUGAGGAGGAUGAAGGGGAUGUUCUGCUGUUCCUCACUGGCCAAGAGGAAAUCGACGAAGCUUGCAAACGAAUCAAGAGGGAGGUUGACGACCUGGGGCCUGAAGUUGGCGAUAUCAAAAUCAUCCCGCUGUACUCCACACUGCCUCCACAGCAGCAACAGAGGAUCUUCGAGCCACCCCCACCCAAUAAACCAAAUGGUGCCAUUGGAAGGAAGGUUGUCGUGUCAACAAACAUCGCUGAGACAUCCCUGACCAUUGACGGUGUGGUGUUUGUAAUCGAUCCUGGAUUUGCCAAGCAAAAGGUCUAUAACCCACGUAUUAGAGUGGAAUCACUUUUGGUGACAGCCAUCAGCAAGGCCUCAGCUCAGCAGAGGGCAGGUCGCGCCGGAAGGACACGUCCAGGAAAAUGUUUCCGCCUUUAUACAGAAAAAGCUUACAAGACGGAAAUGCAGGACAACACGUAUCCCGAGAUCCUAAGGUCCAACCUCGGCUCUGUGGUGCUGCAGCUGAAGAAGCUGGGCAUCGAUGACCUGGUGCACUUUGACUUUAUGGACCCACCAGCCCCAGAGACCCUGAUGCGAGCCCUGGAAUUGCUGAACUACCUGGCAGCGCUCAAUGACGACGGUGACCUGACAGAGCUGGGCUCCAUGAUGGCAGAGUUCCCCCUGGACCCCCAGCUGGCCAAGAUGGUCAUUGCCAGCUGUGAAUUCAACUGCUCGAACGAGAUCCUCUCCAUCACUGCCAUGUUGUCAGUCCCACAGUGCUUCGUCCGACCCACGGAGGCUAAAAAGGCGGCAGACGAGUCCAAGAUGCGCUUUGCCCAUGUCGACGGCGACCACCUGACGCUGCUGAACGUCUACCACGCCUUCAAGCAGAACCACGAGUCCACCCAGUGGUGCUAUGACAACUUCGUCAACUACCGGUCGCUGAUGUCCGCAGACAACGUGCGCCAGCAGCUCUCCAGGAUCAUGGACCGCUUCAACCUGCCGAGGCGGAGCACCGAGUUCACCAGCAGAGACUAUUACAUCAACAUCCGCCGAGCGCUGCUCACCGGCUUCUUCACGCAGAUCGCUCACCUGGAGCGCACCGGCCACUACCUGACUGUAAAGGACAACCAGGUCGUCCAGCUGCACCCGUCCACUGUGCUGGACCACAAGCCUGAGUGGGUGCUCUACAACGAGUUUGUGCUCACAACCAAGAACUACAUCCGCACGUGCACCGACAUCAAGCCAGACUGGCUGGUGAAAAUUGCCCCGCAGUACUAUGACAUGAGUAACUUCCCCCAGUGUGAGGCAAAGAGGCAGCUGGAGCGUAUCAUUGCGAAACUCUCCUCAAAGGAAUACACGCAGUACUGAGAAGGUUUACAUGGUCUGCAGCAACACCCGAGAACCUGAACUCAUGUGAUAUUUGUAUAUUUCUGUUCCAUCCAUGGACGACUUUACUUUGAAUUUUAUUUUUGUUUCAUGUUUAGUGUAUUUUCACAGUGGCUGAUGGACUGUGUCCUCUUAGCGUCAAGGAACAUGUCAUAGUUUUGAAGGCAAAGUGCUCCUGGAUGUGGGCUGUGACCAGUUAUUGGGAAUUAGCCAUUCAACAGUUUCUGUUUUCUGAAGUUUAAACAUUCCACAAUGACAAAUCCCAGCUCUGGACUCUUGGCUGCUGUUCUACUUUUACUCAACAGCGUUAGUCCAUUGAGAUAAGCUUUUGAUCCGAUGUAAUUUAUACUGUAUUUUGAUGCAGUCGCAGUGUAAUGUUCUCUUGUCAUGGAGAUGCUCGCGGGGUCAAACCUCCUGUCAGACGUUCAACUUAAUAAAAACGACUUUGUAAUGAAAA